CAUUCACAAAUCAACUCCAGUUCAUUCCAAAGCAGUGCAAAUUUACGCGGUGUCGGUUGAAUUUCAUCAAGAUCCAACAAGAUCGCAUUACGCAUUUAUUUAUAUCAUUAAAUAACUACAGCCAAACGAAUAUCCCCAGAAGAUGGCAGCCCAAGCUGAUUCUCAAUUGGAACACAUGUGUCGCCUUGAAUUCGAUGCUCCCGUCUCGCAAAUUCGUUUGUCGGGAAUAAUCUGUACCAUUGGCCCAGCUUCUGUCAGCGUUCCCAUGUUGGAGAAGAUGAUGGCUACUGGUAUGAACAUUGCUCGCAUGAACUUUUCCCAUGGCUCGCAUGAAUAUCAUGCUGAAACAGUGAAGAAUGUUCGUCAAGCCGCCGCCAACUACUCCCAAAAAGUUGGCUAUGAAUAUCCAGUUGCCAUUGCUUUGGACACCAAGGGUCCUGAAAUUCGUACUGGUUUGAUCGAAGGAAGUGGUACCGCCGAAGUUGAACUGAAAAAGAAUGACACCAUUAAGCUUUCGACCAAUAAGCAGUAUGCCGAAAAGGGUAACAAAGAUGUUAUCUACGUUGAUUAUGAGAAUAUCGUAAAGGUAGUCAAGCCCGGCAAUCGCGUCUACGUUGAUGACGGCUUGAUUUCUUUAAUUGUCAAGGAAGUGUCUGGCGACACAUUAACAUGCGAAAUUGAAAAUGGUGGUGUGUUGGGCUCUCGCAAAGGUGUAAAUUUACCAGGCGUCCCUGUAGAUCUGCCCGCCGUAUCAGAAAAGGAUAAAUCUGAUCUGAAAUUUGGCGUCGAACAGGGUGUAGAUAUGAUCUUUGCCUCAUUCAUUCGCAAUGCUGCAGCUUUAGCUGAAAUCAGGAGUGUUUUGGGAGAAGGUGGAAAAAAUAUUAAAGUAAUUUCCAAAAUUGAAAAUCAACAAGGUAUGCAUAACCUGGAUGAAAUUAUUGCUGCCUCUGACGGUAUCAUGGUCGCCCGAGGUGAUUUGGGUAUCGAGAUUCCCCCCGAGAAGGUGUUCUUGGCUCAAAAAGCUAUUAUUUCUCGCUGUAAUAGGGCCGGAAAACCUGUUAUCUGCGCUACUCAAAUGCUCGAAUCUAUGAUCAAGAAGCCUCGUCCCACUCGAGCUGAAAUUUCGGAUGUUGCCAACGCCAUUCUCGACGGCGCUGAUUGUGUCAUGUUGUCUGGUGAAACUGCUAAGGGCGAAUAUCCCUUGGAAUGUGUAUUAACCAUGGCAAAGACGUGUAAGGAAGCCGAAGCGGCUUUAUGGCACAGAAAUCUAUUCAAUGACUUGGUCCGCGCUAACCAAGCAUGCACUCUGGAUGCUGCUCAUGCUACUGCUAUUGCCGCUGUGGAAGCAGCAAAUAAAUCAUUGGCCGCCGCUAUCGUAGUCAUCACAACUACCGGUAAAUCAGCUCAUCUCAUUAGCAAAUAUCGCCCCCGGUGCCCAAUUAUAGCUGUAACUCGUCAUUCCCAAACUGCAAGACAAGCCCAUUUGUAUAGGGGAUUGGUUCCAAUUGUAUACAAGGAAGCUCCACUUGGUGACUGGUUGAAGGAUGUCGAUGUACGUGUACAAUUUGGCGUACAAGUCGGCAAAAAGAACGGUUUUAUCAAAACUGGUGAUCAAGUCGUUAUUGUUACCGGCUGGAAACAAGGUGCAGGAUUCACCAACACCAUGCGCAUAGUGUAAG